GCCGUCGCCACGAAUUAAUCAGCGGUCUCCUAGUGUAGCACGCUUUCGAUGUCGCGGAGGUCCUGACGACAUAAUUUGGAGACCGACUAGCCCGCGUGGCCCUCUCUCGCGCUUUCGUCGCGGCUGCACACAGCCAGCUAGAGUCUCUGGGUAUCGUGGCCCAGAUCCUGGCGCCAGACGCGAAACCAGAAGCAGCGCCUCGCAUACUUGGAAUCAUCGCAGCCGUGUGCGAUUAUCUAUCAAGAUGUCCACCAAAACAUCAAAAGAAGCCGCUCUGCGUAGCUUCCGUGCCAUCACGAAUGCCUCGACUGCCGAUGCUACGCGGCUGCUUAAGAACAACUCCUAUCGUGUCGAGGCCGCUGUAGAUGAUUUCUACAAUGACCCGGUCGCUAUAUCCAAUGCGGCCAAGGCGGGCUCUUCAAGCAGUAUGGAGAAGAAGAAGGUAAAAGAGGCUACGGAGAAGCUGGGAAAGUUGUUCGAUGACUACAAAGAAGAAGGUGCGGACGAGAUGGAUAUCGAAGGCACACAAGAGUACUUUGCGCAUCUCGGGCUAGAUCUAGAAGACGUCGUCGUGCUCGCGCUCUGCUUCUACCUCAAAGCCCCUGCCAUGGGCAAAUUCAAACGAGCAGACUUCAUCAAAGGGUGGUUGCUGCUCGACAAAGCGGCUACGAUCGAAGCGCAAAAACAGGUUCUUGUUGGCCUUCGAAAAGAUUUUCAAGAAGACAGGCGCGUUCGGACUGAGGCGGGCAGCAGCGUCAACAACGUUGCGAACGGCUCGCCAUCAGAGAGCGGUGGCCUGUACACAAAGACGUACGAAUUCACCUACGGCUUUGCGAGGCGGGAAGGUCAAAAGAGUCUAGAUCUCGAGACUGCCAUUGCAUUCUGGGACUUGAUCAUCCCACAUGCUCCUACAUUUGCAAAGUCGGACGGGAGCAGCAACGGGAGCUUUACUCAAGGCCAGUUGGAGAUGUGGAAACGAUAUCUAAAAGAGAAGACUGAUGGCCGCGCCGUGUCAAAGGAUACUUGGGCACUGUUCCUCGAAUUUACAAAGGAGAUCGAUCAAGACUUUAAGAACCAUGAUGAGGAUGGUGCCUGGCCGUCGGUCAUUGAUGACUUUGUGUACUGGGCACGAGACGAGAUCGCGGCCGGCCGCGGGCCGAAUGCGAUGGAGGAGGAUUGAGCGUGUCGUGUGAGCUUUUGCGGUGAUGCACAAGCAUGGGGUCGGCGGCAAUGGGAACCGGACAGGGUGAUUUUAAGCUACCGCCGGGUGGAGCCGGUCAAGGUGCUAUUCGCAUGUAUCCGAGAUCCAACCAUGCUCUCUUACAAUACAUGCCACAUUCGACGC